AUGACCAUGGGGAAGAUCAUCUUCUAUGAGGACAGGAACUUCCAGGGGCGCUCUCAUGAGUGCAUCAGCGACUGCGCCGACCUUCACUCCUACUUCAACAGGUGCAACUCCAUCAGGGUGGAGAAUGGCUGCUUCAUGAUCUAUGAGAGGCCUAACUACCUGGGGAACCAGUACUAUGUGAAGAGAGGAGAGUACUCUGAUAGCCAGCGCAUGAUUGGCAUCAGCGACUGUAUCAGAUCUUGCCGUAUGAUCCCUGUGUACCGAGGCUCCUACAGGCUGAGGCUGUACGACCGUGCCGACAUGUCCGGUCAGAUGCAGGAGCUGGUCGACGAUUGCCCCAACAUCCAGGACCGGUUCAGCAUGACCGACAUCAACUCCUGCAAUGUGAUGGAUGGCCACUGGCUGAUGUACGAACAGCCCAAUUACAAGGGCAGGGUGUACUACCUGAGGCCUGGAGAGUACAGGAGAUUCAGCGACUGGGGAGCCAUGAGCCCCAGAGUCGGCUCCCUCAGGAGAAUCACUGACUUCAACUAA